GCAUUAUCGUUCAAUAGCCAAAGUGCCAGCGUUCAGAGAACACAGCGAAAGCGGUCCCAAAAUCGUUAACUCAUAACAAAAGCAACGAAAUCGGAGGGAAUUCCCCUGACGGAAGCAGACGAUCAACCCAGCAUUAUCAACUUAAUCGUUGGCAGUCAUAAACUCACACAAUUGGAUAUUGGAUAUAUUUGACCUUAGACAUUGCUCACCAUUCGGAGUGUUCCCCCGGAGACAGCGAAAGUCUUGGAGAAUGAGCUAACUGCCCACCGAAACUGAGUGGCGGUGAUUUUUGCUAGUGAUUAGCAGCGGAAAGAAACAAACUCUGAGGUAAUUCACACGAAAAUGGGCGUUCGGGUGAUUGAGACCGAUUCGGCGAGCGAUUCGUAUGACGAUGACGAGUGCUCCACAUGCCACAAAGAGCAGGGUAAACCCCCCAACAAGACCAAGAGGAGUGCCACGCCCCCGGAAACGACCAUAUUCGCCAGCAAGGAUCUGGUGGGCAACUGCAAGGAGUACCGCAUCGAGAACAACUCGCGGGAUCUGCGGAUCAUCGGCAAUGGCAACCGGAUACGGAUUGUCAAUAACUCGGGCAGCCUGCAAGUAAUUGGCAAUGCCACCAGACUGAAGAUCCAAACCAAUAGUGGAUCGCUCAAGUACACGGGCAAUGAUGGAAAGAUCUACCUGGGCAGCAAUUCCACGCAGCAAGUGGUGGACUACACGGGCUGCAAUGGCUUGCUCAAGGUGGUCAAGUCACUGGAUCUUAACGGUGGGUCCAAGAAAAAGCCCAGCACUCGAUCUAAAAGCACCAAGUCAACGGAUUCCAUCCCAAGUCAAUCCGGUGGCGUCGAGAUCGACAGCAGUUUCACAAUCCGACAUGGAGCUGGGAAUAUUGUGAUCAAUAAUGCCAUAAACGUGAGCAUUUGAACAAGGAGCGCUCUCUCUAGUCAUCUUAGGCCAAAGAUUAAGAUUAAUGUACUGCAACUCUUGCCGCCGAACUCAACGGUUCCUAAUGUCAUUUAGUCUUAUCUGAGACUUCCGACUGCUACAAAUAUUUACACCAUAACCAUUCAGCAUUGUAAAGUAUUAAACGCCACGUCGUUGGUCUAGAAUAUCCAUUAAUAAUCAUAAAAAUCACACACUGAUUAGGGACUAUAUAUGUAUAUAUGUAUAUAUGUAUGUGUAUGCUUAGCCGUAAUACAACGCACAGUGAACAAAGCUUCAAAUUCAUUCCGAGAAUGAAUGAUAUGAUUAAAAAAGAAAAUGAAAAUAUA